AUGCGUGCUGAACACGAGUUAACACACCUUCCAUUUCGGAGUUGGUGUGAGUCUUGCGUGGUGGGGAAGGGCACCAAAGACUUCCAUCAAAGGCGCCAAGAAGAAAAGAAAGAGGACGUAGCAAGGUACUGUAUCGACUACUGCUUCUUCACGAAAGCCUUGUCCCAGGAAGCAGCUUCCACUGACGCCAAGGACAUCCUCGAGGCCAAAGCUGGUGCCAAGGCCGUUUUGGUUUGCAGGGACCAAAAGUCAGGGGCUCUGUUUACGGGUGUAGCUAACAGCAAGGGCACCGGGGAUCCGUAUUCCAUGGCUUUUGCGCUAGAAGGGAUGAAGUUCUGUGGUCACCCAGACAUGAUAGUUGUUAGCGAUACUGAGCCAGCUAUCAAAAGUUUAGGUGAAGAACUUGUUAAGAGGUACCCCAAGAAAGCAAGCAGUCAACCAGUGCCCAAAGGAGACCACAAGGCCAACGGUGCAGCUGAGCGAGCUGUGCUGGAACUUAGCAACCAAGUCAGGAUUGCCAACAAUGCACACGUGGCGGCCAUGGUGAUCAGUGACAGAAUGAUCGCAUCAGCAGCGAAGGAGCUCGAGAAACCGGUCUACGAUGAGAAGACUGGAAAGUUGCUGGACCCCGAGAAGGUGAAGAUCGGGAGGAUGAAAGAGAUGACCAAGAUGGAGUCCUUUGGAGUCAAAGGCGACAUCACAUAUGAUGAAGCCAAGGCGAAGGGGCUCAGACUGGUGAAAUCCAGGUGGAUCGACACCGAGAAGGAGAUCGAAGGGAAGCCUGGAGUCAGGAGUCGCUUGGUCGCUCAGGAAGUGAACACUUACAAGCGAGAAGAUGUAUCGAUGGGAACGCCUCCCAUUCGAGUGCAUCGAGCUGUGAUUUCGCACGCAGCCACAGCGAGGCCCGGUGAGAGCAAGAGCAAGAAGCUGAUCGGAAGAUAUGAUGUGAGCGUGGCCUUCUUCCACGCCGACAACAGCGAAAAGAUUGGGGUAAUACCCCCGGCGUCAGAAGGAACUCCCAACAUCAUCUGGGAGUUGCACAAGGCGAUGAACGGAACCCGGGAAGCCUCUAGGCAAUGGGGAGUGAAGAUCCGUGAGGUGAAAACAAGACACAACUUCGACGAGCUGCUGUUGUGCCCCAACACCUACUACUUGAAAGAGCAUGAUCUAUGCUUGUCGUGCCACGGUGACGAUUUCCUGGCGAGUGGAGAAAGAGAAGCUCUCGACAUGCUGGACAAGAUCAUGGAGGAGAACUACGAGGUGAAAGUGCUACCGAGAAUCGGUGACCCAGCUCAUGGAGGGGAAGUCUCAGAAGGACGCCAUCUUGGGCGCCUGAUCAAGUGGACAGGCUCAGGAUUUACCUGGGAAUGCGACCCCAAGUUUGCCCCACAAGUCAUCGAGGAACUCGAGCUAAAAGGGUGCAAAGGAGUUGACACUCCUGCUUCGAAGGCCACAGGCGUGGGAAACAGAGAAGUGGAGAAGGAGCUCAGCCGUGAGAGGGCCGAGGUCUUCAGACGAGUGACUGGCACCAUCCUUUACAUGGCAGUCGACCGUCCCUCGUUGCAGUACGCAGCAAGUGAACUGGCUGAAGGGAUGAGCAAGCCCUUGGAGAUUCAUUGGCUAAGGCUGAAGCGCGUCGGAAAGUACAUUGCCAAGUACCCCGUCGAGAAAUGGCACUUCGAAUUGCAAGAAGCACCUGCGCAGCUAGAGUCCUUUUCAGACUCAGACUGGGCAACAGAUCGCAGAACCAGAAGGUCUAUGAGUUCCACGUAUCAGAGGUUUGGGAAGCACCUCCUAGACACGAGUUGUGGUCGACAAAGUCUCGUGGCCCUAUCGUCGGGCGAGGCCGAGUUCUAUGCCAUGGUCAAGACAGCAGCAGAAGGAAAGCUUACAACAGAGAUCCUCCGACACUUUGGUUGGAAGGUCGAGCACCGAGUGCUGAGCGAUAGCUCGGCCGCCAGGUCGAUGGCACAGAGGGUAGGGUGUGGAAAAGUCAAGCACUUAUCCCUGAAGGAGAUGUGGAUACAGCAAGCAGUUCGAAACAAAGAACUUUCCAUAGGCAAAGUGGAUACGCUCAUGAACAUCUCGGAUCUUGGCACGAAGGCUUUAGAAGCAGCCAGAAUGGACUCGCUGAUGAAGCAGCUGCCCUUGGAAAGGGGCAUCGUGGCAGCUGUGGUCAGCUGCUGUUUGGAGAAAGUCCAAGCAGCUCCAGUUCAGAGUGAAGAGGUCUGGUGGUUGAACCUUUACUUAGGGUUGGUUCACCUGUUGGCCUUGGUUGGGUUGCUGUUUGCCAGCUACAAGGGAGUUGAAGUGCUUUUGAAAGGUUGGCACUGGUUGUGUGGAAGGGGCAAUAGGCCCAGUGUAGCGCAGUCCAGUGCAGCCAUGGCACUCAGUCGUCGUGACACUCCUCGUGGCAGCGGUGCUGAGGAGGCUCAACACAGUGCAGAGGUUCCUACAACACGGAUGCCAUCUGUCCCCGAGGGAACCUCCGUGCUGAGAUCCCCUGCUGGACAGAGUGACAGUGACAGGAUGAGUUUCCGUGGUGACGCCAGAACUGGUGUCGACGAUCGAGUCAGAGUGGUGAGAGAUACCUUGAGCCUGCUCACGGUGGAAGAACUCAAGAGUGGCCUACGAGUGGAAGGGCUCCAGGUGACAGGGUUGAAGCAAGACCUGAUGGAGCGACUUCUGCACAAGUUCGAUGGUGGAGAUGAAUCGCUGUCGGACCGGCCAAGCACCAAGCAGCUGAGGUAUGUGCUCUACAUCCAUCGUCAUCGAGCCCAAUGCCGAAUUCAGUAUGAGAAUCUUCGGACUCGUGAAGAGACUUCGAAGUGGAUCGCCAACUGGAAGGAAGAUGACAGUGCUGCAUUCGCAGCCCCUUUCCCAGCCAAGCUCAGACCAGCGACAGCAGUUCAAAAGGAGAUUGUGGCCAAGACAGUGAACGACCUGGGGGUUCUCCAGCAGCUUGUACGCUUUUGCCCAACCAUGGCCCUGAAGAUGUUGCUUCUGCAUCUGGAGCGCUCGAUGAAGGCGCCCCUCGAGUCCGACCUCUCAGAGGCCACGGAGGUGCAUGUCCUCUUCAACACCAUCAAGGCCUGGCUACUCAAUGUGGCCCUUCCGCAGGAGGAUCCGGAGGCGGUGCUCGCUGGCUGGGGCCUGGCGGAGGCGGAGGCGAGAAUCUUCGCAUACUACAAGAGUUUCUGGACGGCAGUGUAUACCGCUGAAGCGGAAAGCAAGCGCAAUCCGGGUGAAGAGGGAGCCGCAAGCUCGGAUGCUGUGGUCGUCGCCUUGGAGAGGAGCAGGCAAGGAGGCGGUAAGCCACCUCGCGCGGAGAAGUUCUACGCGCUCUGCCCUGAGGCCGCGGAAGCCGAGCACAUCGUUGCCUUGGAGGCUGGGGUUGAUCCGACGUCGCAAGGAAGAAGAAAAGAGUCGAUUGCCGCGGAGAUUGAAGGACCAGUGCCCACACGAAUGAAGCUGAUUGGCAACAGCUUGUCUGUCUACUGGCAGGCGCGCGGCCUGGCAGCCUUGGUUGGUGCCACUUUUUCGACAACCAGCGGGCGCAACUCU